UAAUUGUACCAAUUGUUUCAUACGUGGGAGGGAAAGAGAAAUAAGAGAAAGUGAAAGGGCGAGAAGACACAAAUCACUAGCAAACCAAAAGGUUUGGAGUUUGGAGCACCACUGAACAGACAAGGUAUACCUCUCCUCGUCCUUUAGUGAUGGAGCUGGCAUUUUCAUCCCUCCGAUUUUCAUCUCACCAAGACAACGCUUUCCGGUACAGAAAGUUAACCGUUCCACCUUCUUGUAAUGCUGCUAAUUUGGUGCUCAAAUCUUCCAACAACUUGUCAUCUUCAGCUGGAUUGCACAAAAUUUUUUCAAAGACUCUUUUGUAUAGAAACUACAGGCAAAGUUCAAUCCGGGCAUGCUCUCAAGUUGGUACUGCUGGAUCUGAUCCAGUGUUGGAUAAAUUUUCACAAUUUAAGGAUGCCUUUUGGAGAUUUUUGAGGCCCCACACUAUACGUGGGACUGCGCUAGGAUCACUCUCAUUGGUUACACGAGCGUUAAUUGAGAAUCCGAAUCUAAUCAGGUGGUCAUUAGUAUUUAAGGCCUUUUCUGGUCUUAUUGCCCUAAUAUGCGGGAAUGGUUAUAUAGUCGGCAUCAAUCAAAUAUAUGACAUUGGCAUUGACAAGGUAAACAAGCCGUACUUACCCAUAGCUGCCGGAGAUCUUUCAGUUCAGUCUGCAUGGUUCUUGGUGUUAUUGUUCGCUGUGGCUGGCCUCCUUAUUGUUGGGAUGAAUUUUGGCCCCUUCAUUACUUCUCUUUACUGCCUUGGUCUCUUUCUAGGUACCAUCUAUUCAGUCCCACCAUUUCGGCUGAAGAGAUUUGCUGUCAUAGCAUUCCUAAUAAUUGCCACGGUACGUGGUUUUCUUCUUAAUUAUGGUGUGUAUUAUGCCACAAGGGCUGCUUUGGGGCUAAGCUUUGAGUGGAGCUCACCUGUUGCAUUUAUUACUACUUUUGUGACUUUAUUUGCACUAGUUAUUGCCAUCACUAAGGAUCUACCAGAUGUGGAGGGUGACCGCAAGUUUCAGAUAUCUACCCUGGCAACAAAGCUUGGUGUGAGAAACAUAGCAUUCCUCGGCUCCGGUCUAUUAUUAACAAAUUACAUUGGUGCAAUAGUUGCGGCAAUAUACAUGCCCCAAGCAUUCAGGAGUAGCUUGAUGAUACCUGUACAUGUCAUCUUAGCAUUGUGUUUAGUUUUCCAGGCAUGGUUGUUGGAGAGAGCAAAUUACACUAAGGAAGCAAUCUCAGCAUACUAUAGAUUUAUAUGGAAUCUUUUCUAUGCAGAGUACAUCAUCUUUCCUUUCGUCUAACAACUACUGGAUAAAGGUUUUUGUUCGAUGGACCUCAAAGAAAUGCAAGUUUUCUUUCUGGUUUGCAAAGGAAAAGUGUCUAUAGAGAUGGGGGGGGGGGGGGGGAAUUUAUUUAUCCUAUUGUUGUAUAUUCUUAGGAAAUUCAUCAAUCUUUUCUUAGGAAAUGGAAUGUUUGUUGUAUGAGUCAAUUUUUUCUAUCGUAAUUCGUAACA